UGUGCGCCCUCGCCCUGUCAUGUGGAGGAGCUUGUCACAGCUUGAAAGUAGUCUGUCGCAAACUGUUUCAGCGCCGCGCCAUCACACUGAAGACAGAAAGCAGAAGAGGAACCUUUCAGAAUGUCAAGCUCUUUGGUUGUGUGUGAAGUGGAUGAAAGUCUGAAAGAAAAACUGAAAAAGUUUAGAUUUCGUAAAGAGACCAACAAUGCUGCCAUUCUCAUGAAAAUAGACAUGGAAAAACAACUUGUUAUCCUCGAGGAGGAAUAUGAGGACAUUUCACUGGAUGACUUAAAGGAGGAGCUUCCAGAGCGCCAGCCCAGAUUCAUUGUCUACAGCUACAAAUAUAUCCAUGAGGAUGGAAGGGUGUCUUAUCCCCUCUGUUUCAUAUUCUCCAGUCCAAUGGGGUGUAAACCCGAGCAGCAGAUGAUGUAUGCUGGCAGCAAGAACCGACUGGUCCAAGCAGCAGAGCUGACUAAGGUGUUUGAAACAAGAAACGCUGAUGACCUGACAGAGGAAUGGCUGAAGAAACAGCUGGCAUUUUUUCGCUGAUUCUGCAUCUUCAUCUUCUACAACCAACUUUUGUCUCAGUGGAAAAAUCACCAUGACAUUGCCAUCCAUGAUUAACUGUGAAUAAAAUAAAAGUGGGAUCAUUAAGAGUUGAUCUUACAUAAACAUUUGAAUUACAGAGAAAAACACUUUUUUGACCAAAAUGUCACCUGCAAUUUAUUAUCAGUUUCAAAAGUGUACCACAAUGGUAUGGUUAAAAGCAGGGAGAACAGGAUAUUUUUACACAAUGUUCUGAUCACAGACAACACAAAGGAAUGGUGUACAACCAGUAUUGGUGUGUUAUUUGAAUCUAAAAAUAAAAAGUGAAUUUAAAAAA